AUGGUUGAAACGGUCAAUGUCAAGUUGGGCACAGAUGUAGAUUGUCGUACUCCGUAUGUGUGUAUGGGUAAUGCUGCUACGACAAAAAUGCCAAGCAAUUCAGCCACUGGUCGGGGCGAAGCCACAGAAUGUUCCGAAUCUCAGAGAAACGAAUGGGCAUCUCACAAUUCCACAUCGCAUUACCUCUUACGAAAGUACGAAUGCGAACAUCUUUCACAUCCAUGGAUUAUUAUUGUAACGCGCGUUCUGGUCAUAGGCAUCUAUGUUACUUUCGGAAAUUCCAUGAGAAUAUCAUAA